ACUAGUCAGUUAAUGAUUAUUUGCUUCUUAAAAGUAUUGCAAUUUUCAAACUGAAAUUACAAACAAAUCAUGCCUUUAUAAAAUUAAAUCCAAUCUAUAGUUUUAAUUUUAUGCCGUGUUAAUGCUCCCAGAUGCUAGCUACCAAGCACUUCCUUAUAGUGUGUGCUCUUAGAUUUCAUGUGGUUGUUUUGUAAUUUUGUUUUGUGUUUGAAAAAGGGUCUUGUUCUGGGCUGACCUCAGACCUAUUUCUGGCAAUUUUCCUACUUGAGUUUGUCGAGCUCUGAACUAUAGACAAAAGCCACCACACUGGCUUCACAGUCUUUAAUUCACUGUUUGAUGAGCCACUUCUUGGAAUGAUAGACAUGAUAUAGUAAUUAAACUGGAACGCAAAGGUUUAGAGGAUUAGAACUAGACUUACUUUUUGUUUUAAGAACUAGAAUUCCUGUUAGCAUCUGUGUUAAUUAGGGUUUCCAUUGCUGCAGUAAAACACCAUGAUCAAAAAGCAAGUUGCGGAGGAAGGGACUCAAGCACAGCAGGAACCUGGAAGCAGGAGGCCAUGGAGGGGUGCUGCUUACUGACUUGCUCCUCAUGACUUGCUCAGCCUGCUUUCUUAUAGAACCCAGGACCACCAGCCCAGGGAUGGUACCACCCUGAAUUGCCUGGGCCCUCUCCAUCAAUUACUAAUUAAGAAAAUGCCUUACAUACUUGCUUACAACCUGGUCUUAUAGAGGCUUUUUGUCAACUGAGGCUCCCUUCUCUUAGGUGAUUCUAACUUAUGUCAAGAUGACAUAAAAUGAGUCAGAGCAGCACCCAUAGAAAUUUAUUCGGUGAGUCCUUAAGCAGCAAUAACCAUAACUAGGCAAGGCAGUAAACAUUGGUGCUUUAAGAUUAUUGUGCAGAUUAGAAGUAAAUAAUUGGAAGAUUUCAAAUAUGACAGAUUGAAAAUAAGUUAACUGAAUUCAUCUUGUCACUUGCUAUUUUAACAUCUUUCUGUCAUAGCUGGGUGGCACAUGCCUUUAAUCCUAGCACUUGGGAAGCAGAGGCAGACAGAUCUCUAUGAUUUCUGGGCUAUCCUGGUCUAUAUACAGAGUUCCAGGCUAGCUAAGGAUACAUAGUGAGACUCUGUCUCCUUAUCUCCCAAAGUUUUUUCUUUCUGUUAAAACGAAAGUUAUCAAGACUUUUCUGUGUAUAGUCUGUGUGUGAGUGCUUUCCUGCUGGAAAUGGAACUGGAUUUUUGUCACUUUACACAAGGAAAAGAGAUCACCUGAAAUCAUUUCAGGCUCUAACUGUCUAAGCAGGCAAAGAAAAGGACCGUGGAGCUUUGGAGCUUCUGACACAGUCAGUGUCUGACCACUUUUGUGCCUUCAUGGCUAGUGAUUUCAGAGUGGUCUUGGUCAUUUCAUGGUCAGUCAGACAGCAUACCCGGGAGUGUAAAGCCAUAUAUAGAGCAAGCGUGUGAGUGGACGUGGUGUGAGAGUGUCAUGGUGUGCAUGUGGAUGUCAGAGGACAACGUUUUGAGAGUCCAUUCUCUUUCCACAUUGUUGAGGCAGGGUCUUUAGGCUGUUGAUAGGAUUCACUCCUGUGGAUUUCACACUAACCGACCUGUAGGCAGAUCUGCCUCUGCCUUCCAUCUCACGUAGGAGUGCUGAGAUUACAGAUGGACGUUACCACAUCUGGCCUUUUAUGCCGUUUCUAGGGAUUAAGUUAGGUCAUUGGGCUUUUCACUGUGAGAGUUCUACCCACUGAGCUAUCUAUAUUCCUGAAUUUGGAUGACAUAUGUCUUAAAAAGUUUCGUUAAUGAUUCUUUUUCAUAUGUGCUAAUGUAUAUUCCCUCCCUCCCUCCAUCUAUCUCACUUGGUUGCAACGUUGCUUAUAUUCAUUUUUUUCUAGUCCAUGAGAGAGUAUUUGAUGCUACCUUCUGUCCAUAAAUAUGACCAUACUGAGCAGUUACCUGUCUCUCCUGGUCGGGUAGGCAAGCGCUCUACCACUGAGCUAAAUCCCCAGCCCCGUAAAUGUUUUUAUAUAUAAUAAACAUUAUGUAAAAAUAUUAGCUGCUGUUGGUUUUUGUUACCAUUUAUUUAUUUAUAGAUGCUAUUUCUUAUCUGAUCUUACGACUUGGUUCUCAGUUGGAUUUUGUGAGUAUCUUUUUGUGUGCUGUGUUCAGAAAUGUGGGCGUUUGCUUUUUAAAAUCUAUGUAGUCUUACUGACUACAUCAAGUAAAAUGAUAAAUCACUAUAUAAAAUUUGCUUAGUGUGCUUUACAAAGCAGUUAAAAAGAAUUUUUGGGUAACAUUUGGAAGCUGUCAAAAUGAGUGCAUGACUGAACCUAAGGAGUAGUCUAGCCAAGUGUGAGCUCGCUGUGUUACAACAGAUGUUAAAGCAUUGUGUUCACCUGUCUUCUCCAGCUGGAGUGGCAAGUUGGAGUGGGUGGAGACUGGGGAAUUAGAUGUGAGUCUUGACACUAGUUAUCAUCAUUGUGAAAUGUCAGGGGGCAUUGUUGGUGGUUGCCAAUUAUAGUUAAGUGGUUAGCGGGUGCUACCUGGACAGAAAGGAAAUCACUAUUAUCCUAACAGUUUAUGAAGUGGGAACAUUGAAGCAUCUUUAAAAAAAGUUUUUAGGAGUUGUGCAAAAGUAUCUUUGUAGCAGGUGGCCUAGAAUAUGUAUUUUAAACUUUUUCAUCAUCUGUGAAUUUUUACUUAGAGCUAUUUUUAUGAGAAAGUAGGAUUUGAACACAUUGUAAUUUUGAUUAGUGUUGAAACCUGCAUUUAGUCAAAUGUACGUAGAUUUUUUCCCCCUCUGAGUAGUUGCAGUUAUUACAGUAUCCACUUGUAAUGAGAAUUAUAGAAUAAACUUGUCCUUGACCUGACUUCAGCUCCUGCCAAGCUGAGAAAAGGCAUUGACUUUUGUUCAUUUUGUCCUUUCUCUGGGACAAAUGACCACAGAGCCCGUUUGCUCACCUGUGAAGUGAUGGAGUCUCCACCUUGCAGGACUCAGGUAAGGGGGAUGUGUGAAGAGUGCCUGCAGUAGAACUGACAGCCAGCAUGUGCUGGUAAUGGACAGUUGUCAUGGUUCUGUCCUCGAGGUCAGGGUCAAGGCCACUCUUGCCAGUGUGUUCUUGGUACCUGGGAAGGAUCCCUGCUCUGUCCUUGCUGAGGUGGAAAAGCAGUUCCUCCUGUGUGGGACUCAGUGCUGAUUUUACUACAGUACGUCUGUGUGUGUUCAUGCUUGUAGUGCUUCACGGUGCCUGCUGGAGGUGUGCCGUAAGCUGGGGUGUCACCUUAAAGACAGCGUUUACUGUUAGGACUUACUCUGGGUAGCCUGAGAGGUGAUAUUUUGACAGAGUGCAGUCUCUGAAAGGCCCUUGAUUCUUAAAGGUUGCCAAGCACUGUGUAAGGUCUGGGGUCUAAGUUUCCUUUUCUGGUUUUGUUAUCCAUCUCUUCAGCUGUGUCUGAGGCUGACAUGUGGGAGAUGUGGGAUAAGCACUUAUUGAGUGAAUGAGUGUGGCAGUGUGUAUAUAUCAAGAUUUGUGGGGUCUUUACUAAGCUAACGUUUAUUUGAUUUCCCUGAGGAGCAAAUACAGUAUACAAGCCUUAAGUAACCUCAUUGCAGUCUUGGCAAUAAAACCAAUUCCAUUUCCUGUCACAUUGUGGCUUAGGCUGGGCACAGAUUUGCUGUUCCACAGAAUUACUGCUGGGACUAACCUGGAACCGUUCAGCUUCUUUCCUUGAAAUGUCCUAGAGGAGAAUGGGAAUAGGACAUGGGGCUGUAAGGCAUGGACUUCAUGUGGUCUCUUGGGUCAGUGUGAGUGGAAGGUGAUCCUGAGGGAAAGUGGUAUUCUGUUUCCUUCUCUCCCCUUUUUUGAGACAGGGUUUCUCUCCAGGGACAACCCUGGCUUUCCUGGAACUUUGUGUAGAUGUCAUAGAGAUGUCACCUGCCUCUGUCUCUUGCUAGGGUUAAAGGUGAGUGCCACCAUGAAACUUGGCUUCCCUUUUCCUAUUCUGGCUUCUCAGUUGCACCAUGAAAGUUGAAACUCUAAAAGGUUCCACUCUUUUAUGAGUAAGCAUUUGUGUACACAUCUGCAUAUGAAUAUAUGUGUACCUGGUGUCCACAGAGGUCAGAAGAAAGCAUUGGAUCUCCUAGAAGUAUGGUUGCAGAUGGUUUGUGAGCUGCCAUGUGGGUGCUGGGAAUUGAACCCAGGUCCUUUGCAAGAACAGCCAGAGCUUUUAAUCCCAGCUCAGAAAAAUUUAAAAGCUGCUUUAAAAAGAUUUAUUUAUUUAUUAUAUAUAAGUACACUGUAGCUGUCUUAAGACACAUCAGAAGAGAGCAUCAGAUCUCAUUACACAUGGUUGUGAACCACCAUAUGGUUGCUGGGAUUUGAACUCAGGACCUCUGGAAGAGCAGUCACUGCCACAGAUCUUAACAACUGAGCCAUCUCUCCAGCCCCAAAAGCUGCUUUUCUUUUUUUUCUUUUCUUUUUUUUUUUUUUUUUCUCGGAGCUGGGGACCGAACCCAGGGCCUUGCGCUUCCUAGGCAAGUGCUCUACCACUGAGCUAAAUCCCCAACCCCCAAAAGCUGCUUUUAAUUUUAGAUUUAAACAGGUAUAAUUAGAAGUUUGAGUUUGCAAUUCGAGGAAUCCUUUCUUCUGUCUCUGCCUCCUGUUGAUGCCUAAUCAUUGCACUUUUUAAUAUACAGAGGCGAUUUAAGUGAUCUAUGCCUUCAUUCCUUUGCUUGCUUAAGAUUACAUAGAAGGAUUUGAUAGGAUUUCAAAUUUUUUGUUUGCUUGAAUUUUUUUCUUUGAGAUUUAUUUAUUUUUAAUUUUAUUGGGUAUUGGGUGUCUGGGUAUUUUGUUUGCAUGUGUGUCUGGUGCAAAGAGUGCAUGAAGUACCUGAAGAAACCAUAGGAGGUGUUAUUCUGCUGGAACUAGAGUUAUAGACAGUCGUGAGCUGUAGGUGCUGGGAACUGAACCCAGGUUUUUUGGAAGAACAAUUAGUGCUUUUAACCACUGGGUCACUCUUUGGUUCCCUCUUCCCCAUUUUGAGAGAGGCUCUGCUUUAUCCCAGACUAGCUUGGACUUUGCCACUCUGUAGGCCAGAUUGGUCUUGAAUAUACCUCAUUUUUCUCUGUGGAGCCACCAUGGGUAGGUGUUAAGUUGCCAUGCCCAGGAGGUUUUCUAUAUUUUGGGGCAACAGAGACGCAUUUAUUUGGUUAUAUUUUUAAAAGAUUGUACAGCAUUUAGAGGGAUUUUCUUUAACUAGGAAAUUCAUUUUCAAAGCUCUUUAAUUUUCUAGAAGCUUAAUUUCAUGAGCUUCAGUUUAUCCUUGUCCUCUGCACCUGAAGGUGAUGGUGUGCGUAUGAUUUGGAGAGGGUACCUAUGGAAACUGUGCUGGUCAGAAUCUGGCUGUAGGGGUUUUCUUUUUUCCUGGACACCCACUUUCACAUGUCAGAUAAACUGGUCUCUGAACUUUGAUGGCUACUUUCAUUCAACCAUCCAAACAAUUCCUGUUUUGGUUCCAAAAAAGGCAGUUCCCAGCCAUUAAAUAGCUAGGUUUCCUUUUUGUCUGUUCCUUGUUUUUAGAGGGAGAGUUCAUAGCUGUUGGCUUCUCUUUGGUGAUAGUGGGUGAGCUGUUUUACAAACUAACUCAUUCUAAUACUGCUGUAACUCAGUAUUUUACCAUUAGGUCAUUGCAGGAUUUGGAAAUGGACGGCAUUCUUCAUAGGCUUAUGAUUGUGGCAUGUUCUGGAUAGCAGGAGAUGUGGUGCUUUGGGCACAGCAGGCAUGGACAGAUCCUUGAUAAGGACUGUGAUGCAAUCCAUGUCAGUGGUUGCCAAACAGCUUCGUAUGGAAGGAGGGUUCUCCUUGGUUCAUAGUGAUAGCUUGGAAGAAUAUGAUUUGUUCUGUGGGGCUGGAGCUCAAAUCCAGUUGGUAGGCUCCAGUGCAGAGCACCGUUCCAGCCCCCCAGACAAACAGAUGAAUAAAUCCAUGUGCAUUCUCACAUGCGAAUGGACCCUCCACCCCAGGCGCAUAUGUAGUGUGGCAUCGUACAGCUUUGAAAAGAGCUGGUCUGAAGGAAACAGUAACAGGGCUCACCUUUGGGGAAGUGGGAGCAGAAGAAAGGUUCCCAGGUUAGUUGACACUGUUGGUCUUUCUAAAGGGUUGCCAACUCCUUCAAUCCUCCUGCUAACUCUUCUACAGGGGUCCCCGACCUCCAUCCAGUGCUUACCUGUGAGUAUCUGCAUCUGUCUCAGAGAGCUGCUAGAUAGAGCCUUUCAGAGGACAGCCACGAUAGGCUGCUGUCUGCAAGCACAACAUAACAUCAUUAAUGGUGUCAGGGAUUGAUGCCUGCCUUUGGGAUGGAUCCCAAGUUAGGCCAGGCAUUGGUUGGCCAUUCCUUCUGUCUUUGCUUCAUUUUUGUCCCUGCAUUUCUUUUAGAUAGGAACAAUUUUGGGUUGAAAGAUCCCUGGCAGCUCCUGGAGACUGAGCCACUAAUCAAAGAACAUUCAUAGGCUGGUCCAAGCCACUCCACCCCAGCACAUAUGUAGCAGAGGGCUGCCAUGUCUGGCCUCAGUGGGAGGGGAUGCACCUAAUCCUGCAGAGACGAUGCCUCACUCAGCAUGGAGGGAUACCUGGGGGAGGGCACCGUCUCGGAGGUGAAUGGGGUGGGGGGCAACAUUUGAGAUGUAAAGAAUUAAUAAAAAGGGUUCCCUUUUUACCUUGACAAUAAAAUAUUAAUUAAAAUAUAGUAUAGUAAUGUACCUUAGAUCUGACUGGUUUUCAGCUAAUAGGCAGACAAACAGUAGGAAUAAAAAUGGUGUCAGUGAGCAGUAAUGGGACACUAGCAAUCAUACUAAGUCUUUGUAGCUACUCGCAUGUGAGACAUAGCACAGCACUUCAGUAUAGUUAAGCGCUUAGUUCUGUCGUAGAGGUUUGUGUAUUUAGUCCUGUCUUUUCCAUCCUGCAAACACCUGUCACCAUUUACUCAUCCAUGUCGACCAAGUACAGACAGAGUGAAACCUGUUUGUCAUAAUUGCUUCCUUUUCUAUAAGAUUUUAGUUGAUUAUCCCUCUAGAUAAUAGUUAGAGAAACAUGAUCUAUUUACUAUUGUUGUUAUUAGUUUGAGAUAGAAUCUCACUGGAACUUGCUCUGUAGACCAGGCUAGCCCUGAGCUCCCUAAGAUUUUUCCCUCGUCUGUCUCCUAUGUGCUAGGAUUACAGGCAUGUGCCACCAUGCACACGAGAGGCAUUAUUUUUGCUAUUUACUAGAGGGCAAAGUACUUAGUUAUUUCCAGAAAUGGUGUGGAACAUUGAAAAAAAUAAACUCUUUUGGUUUGAAAAUUUUGAUUCUCCUUGCUUCUUGAGAUCCUAACGUUAAUGAUUUUUACUUUAGUGCUCACUUCUGCUACACUUGAAUGAACUGAGCAGUGACUUGCGCAUUAUGCUCUUGUACGUUUCUCAUUGCUUCAUUAGCACCAUUGCCAUCGUGGUGCUUGCUUUGCUCUUGCAGCUUGGUGUUUGUCUGGUGCUUUGUGGUUUGCAUUAGGUUAGGGCAUGUUGAGCUUUUGGGUGACGUAAUGCUUAACAAACCCUUUUAAGCUUGGUUUAAAAUGUCAGCUCUGCCUUUAGCUCACUAUUCAGGGGUUUGGCAGUUGGAGCUGGGCCCGGCUCUUUGGUGUUCUUGUUCUCUCUGGAUCCCUCCUGCAACAUCAGACAACUGGCAGUUGAGCGUCUUGCCCAAAUAUCAGAUCAGUGGGUGACUGUUGGUCAGCUGUGACUACAGGCAUUGCUGGGCCUUGAGAGUCACCUUGUCCAGUUGAUGAGCCUAGUCUUUUUCACUUGGUAGACUGUGCAGCAUGAGACGGCUGUACACAUGCUUAAACACUUUGCAUGUUUUUGGAUGUAUCAUGUUUAGCAUUGUCUUUGGGCCAAAGCAAGCUGCCAGGGCUUUGGAAAUUCAAGGGUGAAAAAGGACUCCUUUUUGCAGGGGAAACUCUAUACUGUAAUGGCAUGAAUUCAAGCAGGGAACAAAACUGGCCCCUUCUCCAUCUAUGAAGGAAUGUUGAUGGGCUCAGUCUUGUGCAGAUAACCACAGCUGCUGUGAGUUCAUGAGUUCAAUAGCCAUAUUGUGUCCAGAAGACAGUGUGAAGCAAUAUUUUAAUUUGAUGACUUUUCUUGAUAAAUAUUUAUCUUCAUAGAUUUGGGCAUGUAAUCAUUAUGUGCCUCUAGCUGAUACAAGUGCAUGGCUGUGCAUCUGCUGUAUGUUUUAGAGAAGGUGGCUCAUGGGCGGACGCUCUUAAGUCAGACUUGCAGUAAUGCUUUCUUGGACUUGUCACAUUCCCACAGGCUCCUAAGUCACCUUUCCUUGUCUGUGUGCCAACUUGCCUAGGUCACACCGGGCAAGACUUCCUCUGGGCUAGCUAAGGCAUACAGUACUGGCUUUCAAAUGUAAUUUGUUUCUCAAAUCGUUUCCCAUUGCUGCCUGUCAGGUUUCAAGUCUGAAUUCUGUUAGUCCCCAGGCAAUUACCACUUACAGGCAUGCGCUUCUAUAGGCAGAGCCUCAUUUGGAACAACAAGAGAGGAUGGGAAUGAGUAGAAAGAAGGCCAUCUUGCUCUUGUGACAUACUUGAAUCAGAGAAUAUUAAAACAUAAAGACAUUUAUUUGUAUCUUUUUAUUUUUGAGACAAGGUCAUGCUGUGUAUCCCAAGUUAGCCUUGAACAUACUGUGUGGUCAGGAUAGUCUUGAAAUCAAAGCAAUCCUUUUGCCUCAUCACAAAAGAUCAUAGGCCUAUCUCCAUGUCUAGCCAAUGUUAUGUUGUGGUUGUGUGUGUGCUUUGUUUCUGCGUACUCACUGCUGGCUAGAGGUUUAUGAGAGGCCGUUUUUCUUAGUUGCUUUUGCAUAUUUUUUGAAGCAGGUUCUGUCACUGAGACUUGAGUUUACUGACUAGACUAGCUGGCUGGUAGGCUCCUUGAAUGUCUCUCUUCCUCAGCAAUGGAGAAAUUUUUGAAUUUUUAAAGUUAAAUUUGAUUGAUAAAAUUAGAAUAUAAUGAACUAUGUAAAGCACUGUAACAGAACUGUGGACAGUGGGAUGAUCUAAAGGUUUUAGGCAGAAAGUCAGUAGAAGGGUUAUUUGUUUCAGAAUUGGAAGGCUAAUCUAUAAAGAAGCAGAGGAAUUUUUUCUUUAGAUCUUUGAUUUGGAAACACUGCUGAUUUUAUAUUACAGUUCUCUAACAUGUAAGUAUAUGCAAAUGUGAAGGUACAUGUUAAAUUGUUCUUGAUUAGGCCACAUUCAGGUCUGAAGUGUUACUUUUAAAGAGCUGAGGUACAGAGUGUUGCUGCUGUGGCUGGCUUACUUCCUGGCCAUUCUUAGUAUCCCUCUCUGCAGAGGGCUCCUGUCUAGAGGCAAGUGUGUGGAGGGCUACUCUGCUGUGCUGUCUCAAGGCCAAUUGGGUUUGAAAGCUGAGAACAAAAAUGGGAGAAUGUUCAAGACAUUUGCUGAUAAGGACAACAGGAACUAGCAGCUUUCUAGAUUCCUUAUUACAGAGAGAGGGCUAAGACCCAGUGUACUUUUGAGGGUAGACAGACUAGGCUGUACUGUGGUGCCAUUAUGAUUUAGUGAUCUUAGAGAGGUUAGUCGGCCCUUCUUUGUGUCUGAGUGUUCAGAAGGCUCCCUGUGGAGCAGUCGUGAGGACUGAGUGAGGACUCAUUUGCAGAAGGUCUGGGAGGAGGAAGAAGGCACUGCAAACCUGGGAACCAGCGCCACAGUGCAGUGGCAGCACUGCUGGCCUAUGGGAAGGGCUCAGUCAUGGAUGGCCAUAACUGGAUCAAAGCUCUGAGAGAGAUAUUUGAUGGGUCUUUUUUUUUUUUUUUGGGAGCUGGGGACCAAACCCAGGGCUUUGCGCUUGCUACAAGCGCUCUACCACUGAGCUAAAUCCCCAACCCCUUGAUGGGUCUUAGUAAGCUUCCAUAUAGAGAGCAGGGAGCUGUGGAGACAAGCCCCUGGACUUUGGGAUCCAAGAUUUAGCAGCUUUCAGAACUAUGGCAGCAGGAUGUGCUGUACAGGGAUCAUAGGUGCAGUGCUGGUCAUCAGAAAAUCAUGUGCAGAUUGGGGUUGAAGCUCUGGGCCCAGGGCUGUAUCCAUUGUCCUGCCAGCAGGCACCUCUGAGCUGGAUGCUUGAGAGUUGGCUCCUGUACUCAUAGUUCACAGAGACAAUGUCUAAGACCAAUCUGCUAGUUGAUAGGUAGUAAUGUGGGGAAGAUGGAUCCAGGGUGGAUAAUGAGACUGUGUUGGGAUCUUGGGAUCUAUGGGUUGAAAUUCUAGGCUGGGCAUUAGAAUUUUUAGUACUUAGGGGUUGGGGAUUUAGCUCAGAGGUAGAGCGCUUGCCUAGCAAGCGCAAGGCCCUGGGUUCGGUCCCCAGCUCCGAAAAAAAGAAAAAAGAGAAAAAGAAAGGAAAAAAAAAAGAAUUUUUGGUACUUAAUGGUUGUAGCCCUGAUAACAACUGGGUAUUGUAGUAGAUCUCGUUGUCUGUGACCAUAGGAAGAAAGGAUUUGUGAAACAGGAAAUGCUCUGGGCCCAUCAGAGCUUUCUUGGAUGUAUGAAGGUCUUACCAUGUGGUCAACUUCUGCUUGGAAGGUGUUGUGGGCUCCAGAUUGUCCACAGGUGCCUACUCUUGACUCUGUUUGCACAGCUCAUGUGUUUGGUUGCAGGAUGCACAUGAAGGCAGCUGUGGAGACCUGACAGCUUCACUGAGUCUACUUUGCCAUAGUCAUGUGCCUCAGGAUGGGGAAAUUGAUGGCUUGUGUGCAGUUGAUGGCAUGGUUGAAGCCAGCAUAGAAACCAUCGGGAAUUAUCAUCACAGACUCCUCAGCUUCCUGAGUCAUGUGACUAGAGCAUUGCCAUUCUUCUUGAGCUUGGUGGAUGAGAACAGUGGAGUGAGAAGGCCCUGUAGCCCUGGGUGCUGUUUGGUACUGCCAGUGGCUCUGGGGGUUCUGAAGUUUAGGCCAUUGGUGUUGUGAAAGCCCCACUGUCCACAGGCAUGUAGUAGAUGCAUGGUAGCUGACAUUUACAGGGACACAUUUUCUUAAUAAUUAGGAUGUGAUGAUUUCACAAGAACUUCAGUGGGCAGUGCAGAGCUCAGUCUUAAGUGACUCUUUGGGCCCUAGGGCAGUGGUUCUCAACCUUCCUAAUGCUAUGACCCUUUAAUACACUUCUUCAUGUUGUAGUGACUCCAAGCCAUAACAUUAUUUUAGUUGCUAUUUCAUAACUGUAAUUUUGCUACUGUCGUGAAUCAUAAUGUAAAUAUGUUUUCUGAUGUUCUUAGGUGACCCCUGUUAAAGGGUUAUUAGAAGGGGGUCAUGACCCACAGGUUGGGAACCGCUGCCCUAGAAGAAGGUGAAAUACUGUGGUGUGUGAAUAGUACCAGGCAGAGGCAAGAGGGUACAACAUUUACAGCUAUGAUAAAACACCAUAGGCAAAAGUUACUUAUGGGAGAGUUUAUUUUGGCUGUGGUUCAGUAGUGGGGGAUUCGGAGGCAUGGCAGCAGGUGUGUGCUGUUUUGAAUUAGCUUGCUCCAGGGAGUGGCACUAUUAGCAGGUAUGGCCUUGUUGUAGAAAGUGUGUCAUUGUGGGCGCAAGCUUUAAGACCCUUGUCCUAGCUGUCUGGAAGCCAGUCUUCUAGCGGCCUUCAAAUGAAGAUGUAGAACUCUCAGCUCUUCUUGCACCGUGCCUGCCUAGAUGCUGCCAUGUUCUCACCUUUAUGAUAAUGAACUGAAUCUCUGAACCUGUAAGCCAGCCCCAAGAAAAUGCUGUCCUUAUAAGACUUGCCUUGGUCAUGGUGUCUGUUCACAACAGUUAAAACCCUAAGACAGGGUUGUUGUAGUAGGAAGCUGAGAGAUGAUGUCUUUAACUACAGAGCAGAGAACAAAGUGGGGCAGGCUAUAAACUCUCAGAGGUCACUCCCAGGGAUGUUAACUUCUCCAGUAAGGCUCCAUCAACCCUAUAAAGGGUCCAUAACCCCCCUCCCCCCCAAAUAGUACCACCAACUGGUGACCAAGUGCCCAAAUGCCUGAGAGUAAGAGGACAUUUUUCAUUCAAACCACCACACUUGGUAACAGAGGCUUAGAACUCUAAGGGAAGAAAAUUAUGGUGUUUUUAAGGGGGCAGCUGGGGAAAAGGGCAGUAGACUGCAGGUCAGGGCCAGGACAACCAGCAGCUAUUCAAGCUAGCUCUAGAGCGGUAGGAGCAUGCAGUUCUCUAUGUUAAGUUUCCAGAUAGAAGCUUUUCCAACUGAGCUGCUCCAAUGCCCCUAGGCACAAGAGACUCAUACAUGCCACAGUAAUCCUGUUGUUUGUUUGAAGACUUAUUUUUAUUUAGAAAAUUCAGAGACUUAUGAAUUUCCUAAUAUAGUGCAGAUCGAGUAUCUCUUAUUCAGAAUGCUUGCUUGGGGCUAGACAUGUUUCUGAUUUAAGAUUCUUUUGGAAUUCUGGUAUGCUCCCUUCCCUGAUUUUGGAAUAUUUGUAUAUACAUAAUGAGCUACUUGAGGGUGGGACUUGAGUCAAAACAGGAAAUCCACUUCUGUUAUACAUAUAUCUUAUAUGCACAAAAGACGAUUUUUUUGUGCCCUUGCUUUUGAUUAGUACCUGUCAUAAGAUUGAUUAGAAUCCAGUAUUUAAAACCAGGCACCUUGGCGUGCAGAGACUUGACUUCCAUUGUCCAGUGUGGGGCACAUACUUGUGAUCCUAGCGUUCAGGAGACUUAAGUAGUGCUAUGCACUGAAACCUGUUUUACAAAAACCCUUAGGCUUUCAAGUUAGAUUCUCAACCUGUACCUUUUCAUUCCAAGGCCUGCUUUGGUCAGUAUCUCCCCCCCCCCCCCCCCCGUGUCCCAGCAGGAGGUGCUUUAGUUGUCCUCUGGCUUCUGAAAGUAUUCCAGCAGUGACUGCUAACAGGAAAGAGCUGUGGAGGGAAGCCUGGCUCCUGCUGCUUCUUUGUAAUGCAUUGGGGACUUUUUGAAAGCUCUUGGUAGCCCUGCAGUGCCCACUGCUUGCUCCUCUGAGCUGCUCAGAUGUUUCCUCCCCAGCCUGCAGUGAGAGACAUGAAACAGGAAGUGAUGGUGUAUGUUGACUAGUCCUGUCCUGCUGUGGACAGUGUUUCCUUCCGGCUACUCCCUCUGCUCCUUUCUCAUCCUCUAGCAUUCAUUCUAGAACACUCAACACCUGGAGUGCAGGGGGGUUGGGGGAGGUAGUGGGAGGAAGGACACAACUUGUAGAAGUUGGUUCUCUUCUUUCACUAUGUGGGUCCUGCGAAUCCAGCUCAGGAUAUUAGGCUUGGUGCUGAGAACCUUUACUCGCCGAGCCAUCUUAUAGGCCUCCAGCCUCUUUUUUGCUGCGUUUUAAACAUUUUUUUAAAAAAGAUUUAUUUAUUUAUUUUAUGUAUAUGAGUACACUUCAGACACACCAGAAGAGGGCAUCAGAUCGCAUUACAGAUGGUUGUGAGCCAUCAUGUGGUUGCUGGGGAUUGAACUCAGGACCUCUGGAUGAGCAGUCAGUGCUCUUAACCGCUGCACCAUCUCUCCAGGGUGCGCCCCCCCUUUUUAAACAUUCUUUAGUUAAAACUUUAUUAGCACACAAUAUUCCUACUUCAAGUAUAUUCUCUGUUCAGUGUAUUCACAGGGUUGUACAACCAUCACAACUACCCAAAUUGAAAGCAUUUUCAUCUCUUUUAAAUUUCUAUAGCCUCCUUCUGCUAUCUCCAUCACUGCCACUCCAAAAUGUAGCUUUGACUGUUGUGCAUGUGACACAGACUUAAUAAUGUAAAAUACGGUUUUUUGUGUGAUUGACUUAUUUCAUUUAGCAUUGUAAAUUCAAGGUUUCCCCAUGUACCAGUUUUCAUUCCUUUUUAUGGUUGAGUAAUAUUCCAUUGUAUCACUUUAAAAAAAUUAGUAAAAAUUUAGUGUCUUAGGUUUUUACUGCUGUGAACAGACACCAUGACCAAAGCAACUCUCAUAAGGACAACAUUUAAUUGGAGCUGGCUUACAGGUGCAGAGGGUCAGCCCAUCACUAUCAAGACAGAAACAUGGCAGCAUCCAGGCAGGCAUGGUGCAGGAGGAGCUAAGAGUUCUACAGGCUGCUAGCAGAAUACUGGCUUCCAGGCAACUAUGAUGAGGGUCUUAAAGUCCACACCCACAGUGACACACUUACUCCAACAAGGCCACACCUCCAAAUAGUGCCACUACCUGGGCCAAGCAUAUUCAAACCAUGACAGUUGGUGAACAUUUGUUUCUACUUUUUGACUAUUAUGAGGAAUUCUGUUAGGAACAUUCAAAUACAAGCUUUUAUGUACAUAGUUUCAAUUUUGGAAAGUAAAUAUCUAGAAAUGGGAUUCCUGGCUAACUGUUUAACCCUUUGAGGGCCUGCAAGGCAGGUCUAAGUGACUAUAGUAGUAACCUGACAUUACCACCAGGAAUGUACGGGAUUCUAUCUCGACAUUCUUACUAAUCCUUUUAGCCUCGUGUUGGGAUAAAUGACACUCCCUGAGGAUGCUAAGUAUCUUCUCAUGUGUGUCUUGGUUCCCUGUAUCACCUAGGUAUCUUCUUGGAAGAAAUAUCUGUUCCGAUCUUCAGUGUUUGUGGGUUAUUGACUUUAGUAUCAAGGGUCAGGAUUCUUUUUAUGUUUGGCUACAGGUCUCUAAUAAGAUUAGAUUUUUGUAAAUAGUUUCUUCCAUUUUUCAGGCUGCCUAUUCCCCCCACCCCCUCACUCUCGCUCCCCCAUCCCCCUACCCCCACCCCCUAGCUGAGGACCGAACCCAGGGCCUUGCAAGUGCUCUACCACUGAACUAAAUCCCCAACCCCAAGGGCUUUUUUACUUUUUAUUUUGCUGACUAUUUUUUCUCACUGUUUUUUUUUUCUUUACAUUUUUAACUUUUGUAGAAUGCUGGCUAAGAAUCAGAAUAAUAUCAUGGUUAGUGAUUUUUAUUAAUUUUUGAUAGUUUCAUAUAUUUUUAUAAGGAAUUUUAGUUGUUUUCACAUACAUUCCCUUCUUCAUCCUUCACUGUCUCCUGCUGGAACGCUUCUCACCAAGUCCCCCUUGUACUUUAAUGUCUUCUUUCUGUGUGUGGCUACUGAGUUUAAUUUAUCUUCUUGCCAGGGCAUGGGUGGGAGGUUGUAGAGCAAAGCCAACUAACUUAUCAGUGGCUACACCUCUGAAGACACGACACAAUUAACACCUGCUAAUUAUAAAUCCCCCUGUAUGGAGGCGUGGGCCUCAUGGGCCUCUCAGCUAACUGAUGGAAUGUUGGUGCCCAAUCUUGUGUAGCAUUUCAGGUAGCCACAGCUGUAGUGACCUCAUGAUGCAAUGGCUCUGUUGGGGCCUGGAGAUGGACGGCUGUGUGGCACCAGUGUGCCUCUCACGUCCAUACCUUCUCACCUUCUAGUUCUGUAGGUCUACCUUGCUUGGUGGUCCCUGAGCCCUGGCGUGGGCUGUGUUUAUUCUGGGCACUUGGGUCAUUGUGGGUUGUGCUGGAAUUCGUGCCUGCAGCCUUUGAUGAAGGCCAGCUGCAGCACUCAUCUCAAACAGUGGUUUUGAACUGGACCCUGAUGGUAGUGUGGAUCACCAGCUCAGCGGGAUCUGGAAUCAUUUUGGUGGCAAGCCUGGACAGACUAGAUGAGUUGAGGCAGAAAGAGCCACCCAAAGCAUGGUGACACCAGUCUCUGGGCUGGAGUACCUGAUUGUACAGAAAGGAGAAAGCCAGCUGAGCAUUCCUCGCUCUGCCUUCUGAGUGUGGCUGCAGAACCAUCAACCCCCUCAGGUGCCUGCUGCCCUGGUUUCCUGCCACAGUUAUCCCAUGAGGGUACCUUUGGCAGUAGGCUAGUCACUGUCACACCCUGUCGCACCAGUUCCCUAAAUCUAAGUGAUUAUGGCACUUCUUUACAAACAUUCACCCAUUUCCUCUCUGCAAAGGACGACUUUGUAACACUUUGACAUUUAAGACUUUGCCACAGGAGCCCUCUUUGUCUCUUCCUUUUUCCUUUCAGCUUUUUCCCCUUUCUUUUUCUCCUCCUCUCCCUUCCCCCGCCCCUCCCCCCCUUUUUGGGAGAGGGUCCUGCUGUGUGACCCUGGGUGGCCUUAAAAUGCUGAUCCUCUUCCUGUCUCAACCUUCUGUGUGCUGGGAUUGUAAGUGGCCUUUCUACAGUCUUUUAGCUUGUCCUCCUUGGCUUAGCUUUCGAAUGCUGAAUGUCCCCCAGGUUUGAGACAGUCAGACCUGUAAUUUCCUGACUUUGCCUGUGUAUGCACCACAGCAAUGCCUUCUCUUCAGGUAGUAAUUUCCUCCUUGGGUUCUUAGGCUAGAGAAGUGUUUACAGUGCAAGUAUGAAGUACAUGCUUAGUGAUACGUGUGUGAGUGUAGAUGUGUGCAUGCCACAGUAGUGGACACAGCAAAGGACAAGAUUCUUCUGCUGUGAGUCCCAGGGAAUGAACAAGUGCUUUUGCUGUUUCACUAGCCCAGCAAUAUAUACCUACCCACUUACUUAUCUUCCUUCCUUCCCUCUCUGCCUCCUUCCCUCUCUCCUUUCCUUUCUUCCUCUCUUUGUUUCCUUCCUUCCUUUUUUUUUUUUAAAGAUUUAUUUAUUAUAUAUGAGUACACUGUAGCUGUCUUCAGACACACCAGAAGAGGGCACCAGAUCUCAUUACAGAUGGUUGUGAACCACCAUGUGGUUGCUGGGAAUUGAACUCUGGACUUCUGGAAGAGCAGUCAGUGCUCUUAACUGUUGAGCCAUCUCUCCAGCCCUGUUUCCUUCUUUUAUUUUCUUUUCCCCCGUUUUUCAAAGACAGGGUUUCUCUGUAUAGUCCUGGCUGUCCUGGAACUAGUGCUGUAGGCCGGAUUGGCCUUGAACUCAGAGAUCCACCUGCAUCUCCCUCCUGAGUGCUGGGAUCUAAAGAGUGCACCACUAUGCCUGCUCCCCCUGCUCCCCUCUUCCCAGCUUUUUAUACAAAGUUUCCUGUUUUAGAUUCUUAAGGUGUAUAGUUUUUUCUCGUUAUAAUAUUCUGUGUCUUUUGAAGUUCUGAGUCAGUCUCCUUAGCCUUGAACUCAGCAUUCUUCUUCCUCAGGUUAUAAUCCUUCCCCCACCUUUAGUGCAAGGCUGAAUUUCUGGCAUGUAUGGGAUGGUGACUGAGUGUAAGGUGGUUGGAAAUGCUGCCCAAGACAGUGCGUGGAUGUCUUUGUGGCCACUGUUACCUUAGAGGGGAGGCAUUUGAGUUUCCAUAGAGCAGCUUAGAGUAGUGCUGCAGAUGAUUGGGAAGAGUCCCGACUUUAUCAGGGACUGGAGAUGGGCUGGCUCCAGAAUACAGUUCCCUUGGGUGGCUGCUUGAGUGCAGAAAGGGGUUGGAGAGCUGAGGAAAGGGCAAAGCAUUUCAUUUCCAAUCAAGUUACUGUUAUCCAGCUCUAUGCAUUAUUGUGUGUGUGUUUUCAUAAUUGUGCACAUGCCAUUCCUCAUUUUCAAGAACCAUCAUUAAUUUCAAUCAUCUUUUAGAGCUGUAAACUGGUUUUUGGUAAAAAAAAAUUUCCUUGGGAGUUACCCAGUGAGAUGAUCUUAGUAACACUGUAAGAUUUCAUGUCAUCCCUCUGAAGUACUUCCUGAUUACUUUAGUUCUUAAUCUCUCCAGCUUCUUGACAUUAGGUACAUUUAUGUGAAGAAUCUGGUAUCAUUUGGUCAUUCUGGUAACCCUAUAUUGGGGAUUUGCUGAAUGCUGAAGGCAUGAAUUACUCGAGUGCCUAAGUAACAGUAAUAAAAGAGAGUCAACAGUAAAUAUGUACACACAGCCUUACACUCGUAUAUCCCAAGCACCUUACACAGUGAGUAAAUAGUUCUCAAGAGUUACUUGAUGAACUUCUUGGAUGGGGAACUUUUAAAGUUGGCGUCCAGAAAAGCUUUUGGCUGGGAAAGCUAGGGGCAUUUAGGGAAAUGAGAACUUUGAAGUAGACUCUGUGCAGUAUGCAUAGGUCUUGUGUGCAGGAGUCCGCUCAGGUAGUAUGCUGGAGCAGCCUACCUGUGGUAGGGUCUUCAUUUGGGAGUAGCUUGGAGAGUUAUUCUUGAAGCCCUUCCAAAAGGCCUCAUUUCUGAGUAAUGAACUGAGGUAUUCAGAUCUGGACUCAGAGGACUCUGAAGUAAUUUCAGAACUGCAUGCUUAAUCAGAACUUCAAAGAGCUUGUUUUGUUUUGGCCUUGCUUGGCAAAGCAGGCCUUUCUUAGCGAAGCACAUUUGGGUGUUGGGAGGAUGCUGCUUGAGUUAGUUGGGAUUUUCCCAAAUGACUGCCUCAGAUUCUGCCACUUGGACCUCUUAAAUAAGGCCCUUACCUAACUCUCAUCAUUAAAUUACACUUAGGAGACAUGUAUUUAUGCAGAUAUGAAAUUCAUUAUGGUAUACAGUAAGUACACUGAAGUGCUUUUGGGCCAGGGUAGUAGUAGGAAGCAUUAGCGGUGGCUCCUGCAGUGUUCACAUGGGAUUUAAAUUUCCUGCUUUUGGCCGUUCCUUAUCCACUUCUUUGCCCUUGGACAGUUGUUGGUAAAUGACUGUAUGACUAAGAGUCUCCCAGGAAGCAGUCUCUGUUGCUCUUGUCUGUACUCCCCUGUGGCUGUUUGGGGCAUCUCACCUGGGGAUGUGCAGGCCAGAUGGCUUGGCUGGGACCACAGACCACACAUGGAUUUGGACGCGCCACAGUGCUUUCUUUUUAAUUGUGCAUGGGCCAGCUGACCUGUCCCUGGCUUGCUGCUACACACCCUGUGUUCUUGAUGGCCUCAAUGUCUUUACCCUCCUCAUUUCCCUCAAGAAGGAACUCCCUCUUCUGUCUCUGUAGGGCUCAGCUUAAGAGAUAGGCUUCCUGAAAAGCUUUCCCUGUCUAGUCUAGCUGAUGCUUUCCUGUAAACCUCACUGUGUGUGUGUGUGUUAGCAUAAAUAUUGUCAGCUUUUCUGUGUGGUUCUUGUAGGUAUUUACUGUGUAGUUCUUGGUUUAUGGUCUGUUCAUGUGUGUUGGACUAUCUUUGUGUAUUGCUGUUUUACUAGUAAAACCCAGCAUUGGCAGAUUAUGAGUUGUAGAUAGCAUGUUUUGACCCUCUGCUAUUUUUGUGUGUUUUGAGGCCGAGGUCUCAAGAGUGUUGUUUGGGCUGGUCUUGAACUUGUAAGGUCAAAGAAUCUGCUUUUCUUAGCCUACUGACUGUCUGGGACUACAGGUACACACAACUACUCUACCCUUUUAUCUUGCUUUGUUUUUAGAUAGGGUCUCUGCAUAUCCCUGGCUGUCCUGGACCUCCUUAUGUAGACCCACAGAUGUCCAUCUGCUUCUGCCUGCCGAGUGCUGGGAUUAAAGGUGUGCACCACAAUGCCAUCUUUUCUUUGUUUUUCAAAAAAUAUUUUGAGGCAAGGUCUCCUGUAGCUUAUUCUUACUGAGUAUUAGCAGAAUGACCUUGAACUUCUUACAUCCUGGCUCAUUUGUGGUAUUUGUUGAUGAUUUUUUUUUUUUUUCUGCUUUUUGAAACAGGAUCUAACUAUGUAUCCGAGGCUGGCUUGGAAUUUCCUACAUUCCUAUAUAUCCCAGACUGUCCUUUUCUUGUUUGUUUGUUUUUUUGUUUUUCCUUUUUUUUUUUUUUUUGGAGAUAGGGUCUCUCAGUAGUUUUGGCUGUCCUGGAGCUCAGUAUGUAGACCCGGCUGGCCUUCCAGACUGUUCUUAGAAUUGCUGUUCUUCUCUUUUAGCGCCUGAGAACUGGGAUUCCAGGUGUUUGUUGUCAUACCUGACUUUAUUACAAGGAAUGUUGGAAGGGGCUAGAGAGAUGCUAAGCUUGCUUCCUGUUAUCCUGAGAACCUUAGUUUGGUUCUUAGGUGGCUCAUAACUGUCUGUAGUAACUCCAGCUUCAGAGGAUCUGACACUGCCAGCUUUCUCAGACACCUGUAUUCCCCUGUACAUACCCAAACAGGCACAUAAUUAAAAAAAAAAUGAAACUUUAAAACUGUAAGUAAUAUUUUAACUGAUACAAAAUGCUAUUGGUUGAAUGCUCUUAUGAAAAUGUUUAAGAUCUUGAUGUAAGUUUUUCAGUUACAACCUUACUUUUUUUUUUUUUUAAAGAUUUAUUCAUUUAUUAUAUUAUAAGUACACUGUAGCUGUCUUCAGAUACACCAGAAGAGGGCAUCAGUUCCCAUUACAGAUGGUUGUGAGCCACCAUGUGGUUGCUGGGAAUUGAACUCUGGAAGAGCAGUCGGUACUCUUAACCGCUGAGCCACCUCUCUAGCCCAGAACCUUACUUUUUUAAAUCACAUUUUGCUUGUAUUUUGUGUGCUCACAUGUGCAUCCUGUGGUGCUUAGUCAAAAGUUAGAAGAUAACUUUGGGGGUCUGUUCUUUUUUUCUACCAGGUUGAUAGCAGGUGUUGAACCAUUUUCCAGGCUUCCCAGUUAGAACCUUUGAGCUAAGUUUUUCUGAAUCUUGCAUUCCUAAAGAGAGUACAGAAAAGUAUAAAUUAAAAGUGUUGUGUGUUUAAAGUGGGGUGGAGGAGGCAUGGUGCCUAUAUUUGUGUGAAUUCUUGACCUUGAAAGUAAUUUUUUAAAAGAAUUUUUUAUUUAUUUUAUGUAUAUAUAAGUACACUGUAGAUGUCUUCAGACACACUAGAAGAGGGCAUCAGAUCCCAUUACAGAUGGUUGUGAGCCUCCAUGUGGUUGCUGGGAAUUGACUCAGGACCUCUGGAAGAGCAGUCAGUUUUCUCCUUUCAGUGCUGGGGUUAGACCCAGGGCUUCCUGGAAGCUAGACCUACGCUUUAUCUCUCAGCUAUCCCUCAGCUUCCAAAUGUAUUCAGAAUAGUCAGAAUGUGGACUGCUGUAGUAAUUACUUUUCUGUGGCUGUGAUGAAAACACCAAGGCUAGAAAGCAAUCUAGAGAAGGAAGGGCUUGUUUGGAUGUACAACUCCACAGGGACAAGAACCCAUCAUAUUGGGCUGGUAUGGCAGGGAGGGCAGCAGGAGGAGGAUCCUGUGAUCUCACAUCUUCAGAGGCAAGCUUGAAGUGCAGGGAGCUACAAGUAAGGCAUGGUCAUAAACUCUCAAUCCCAGUGCUAAGACGCCUCCAGCAAAGCCACGCCUCAUAAACCUUCCUCAGGUAGUGCCACCAACUGGAGACCAAGCAUUCAAAUACCUCAGCCUUUGGGGGACAUUUCUUACUCAAAUCACCACAAAACUGUCUUAUUCAGCUUAGUAAUUAGUAGCCUGGUGAGACUUAAUAGCAGGUCAUCACUGUGAGUAACUGAUAGUGAGGCCACAUUGAGUGAUGGCUUACCUAGUGGGUCAGACAGCUCCUGCUGGCACUCUGCCUUGUUGAUCUCCAUGACAGGGAACUCUUGGUCUGAAGCAGUUCUUCUAAAUCAUAUGUCUAGACUGAGAACUCUUUAGGUGUGCUGCUUUCUGUUUGUGUUGUUUAUGUUUAUUAAAAGAAUUGAGCCCCAAAUGUGUCUUUGCUGUAGUUUGAGGAAAGUGUUUUAAGUCCAACCCCUGCAUUGGGUCUUUGCUGUAGUUUGAGGAAAGUGUUUAAGUCUAACCCCUGCAUUUUGGAGAAUGGUUUAUGUGUACACAUUUCUCUAGUUGCCAGGUUGCCUCUCAUCCUUCCUGGCUUCCAAGCAAGCAAGAAUCCACGUAACUGCUGACCGCUGUCAGAACACAAAAUGACACAUGAGUUUGCUUCUUUCUACCUGUGUGAGGCAUUCGGCAGGAACCCAGUCCCUUUGAGUCAAAUUAGUCCAGCGAUGAGAUGGGACUGUACCCAACAUGAAAUCAUCACUUUGAUGGGUACAAUUUACAGUCCCACCUCAUUUCCAUCCUUAUUUUUCCCUGUUCCCCGGCAGGAACUUACGUCUCGUGGCGGCCAACUCUGUAAGUAGUGGUAAGCUGUGUUUCCUGUUACUUCAGUGGAGAUUCACCUUGUUAAGUAAAUUAAUCUUCAAUCCCGCGUCCUGGGUUUUUCUGCUGCCUCUGGUUCCUGCUCUGUUAGUUCCCCCUGAUAUGCUGGCUCUCUGGUUUCUCUCUGGUAAAUUCUUACCAGAUAACAGCUUUGAGUAUCCUUUGCUGGCCUCAAGGAGGUGCCUCUUCUCUGUCUGUAUCCUUACAGCACUCAGAGUUUAUUUUUUUUAAAAGAACAAACAAACAGAACCCCAAAAUACAGCUUAUCACUACGUCGCCCAGGCCGGGUUUAAACUUGUCAUCCUCCUGUAUCAGCAUCCCUGGUGCUGGGAUUGUAGGUGAGUGCCAUCAUACACAGAGCACUGAGCUGGGCAUGUGGCACCAAUCUGUGAGCCUAGCAUUUGAGACGGUGGUGUAAAAGGAUUAAAGUUUAGGUUAGCCUGGACCACAUUGAAAAUUUGAGGCUGGCCUGGGGUGCAUAGUGAGACCCUGUCUCAGAGACAACAGCAAUAGUUACUUUUGUAUCUUUGACAGCCUCUGCCCUCCCCGGUGUAUGUACAUCUUCAUGUACAUAUAUAUGUACAUGUUCAUACGUGCAUAUGUGGGAAAGUCAGAGGUCAACCAAGGCUGUCAUUUUACAGGGCCAUUUUGUUUUUUGACACAGGGUCUAUCUUGGUCUGGAGCUUGUGUAAUAGACUAGGGUUGGUGGCCAGUGAAUGCCAGGACUCUGCUAGUCUCAGCCCUACCCAGGGCUGGGAUUACUAGUACAUAUACCAUGCUUGGCAUUUUAAGUGGAUUCUGGGGCUCAAACCGUGGUCCUUGUACUUGCACAGCAAACAUUUUACUGACUGAGCUAUCCAUCUCUUCACCUCAUUCUUAUCCCUCCUUACUCAUGCGCCAUAGUGGAUGCAAACAUGAGCCCUCCUCUCAGCUGCAGAGAUAAUUUUACCACUUCAGCACUGUAGUGUAUUUUCUUUACGUUUCUUACCCCUGUGCUAUUGGUACUGUCCCUAUUCAUAUGUGCUCAUGACCUCGUAAAUAAUUCUAAAUAUAUUUGAGUUUUUCAUUAUUAUAUACUUGAUGUAAAAAUAUAAAAAGUAUAUUUCGCAGUGUUGGGAUCAACUCCAGAGCCUUGCACAUGUUAGACAAGCACUCUACCAAUAAGCUCCAUCCACAGCCCUGGUCAUUAUUAGUUUUAUUUGUUACCUUAUUUAAUUGGCAUAUUGUUCACAUAUCAUACACUUCAGUCAUUAACGUGUACCAUUCUUUAGUUGGUCUUGAAUGCUCGGGGAGUGUAGCCAUCAUCAUGGUCCAAAUUUAGGAUGUUUUUAUCGUCUCAAAAUGAAAUUGUGGCCCUGGCUUAGCGGUAGACAUAUAGAUAUAUAAGGCUCUGCUGUUGUACUUAGAGAAGGGAGGGAGGGACACACACACACACACACACACACACACACACACACACACACAGAGAGAGAGAGAGAGAGAGAGAGAGAGAGAGAGAGAGAGAGAAAGAGAGAGAGAGAGAAUUAGUUUGCCAGGUACUACCCUUUCCUGACCUCCACAGUUGCCAUUUUACUUUCUGCAUCCUUAGGUUUACGUGUUCUGCACAUUUUAUAUAAAAGUGUCACCAUUUUAUAUGACUUGUAAACGUUUUCUCUGCAGACUGUAGGGCUGCAGUGACGAGGUUUAUAUCUUGGCUUUCCACUGUAAGUGUCAUUUAACUUGGCUCUGCCUCUACUUUGUAAAGUGGGAGAUGAUAGUGUGUGUGGUGGAUAAAUGGGCUAACUUGGAGAGCAUUCAGGGCUGCUCAUACCCUAGUAAGGACUGCAUAAUCCUUCGAUCCUGUUAGGCCAUUUCUGAUUGACUCAUUUCCUGGUCUUCCGACUUGAUGUUAAUUCUGUCUGUGUUGUUGCCAAUUAACCUUCAAAUACAUAAAAACAGUUACUCAGAUAAAUUCUACUGUAGUCCUAAAUCCGGAGUUAAGAAUUUAGUCAUUAUAGAACUCUGUUCUGUCACAGUGACUUAAGCUGGAGGAAAAAGCUGCAGCAUUUUGGCAGUGUAAUUAUGUGUCCUCAUUUGGCACCUCAGUGUAUUUAUUUGUAUGAGAGAUGAUGCUCUCAUUUGAUUUAAAGUCAAAGUAAAUCUAGGGCAUUUGUUUUUGAAAGCUGUGUUUUACUUUCAUUAAAGUAAGUUUGUUUCCUCAAAAGUUGCUUUUGAGAGUAGUUUCAAAAUAAAACAAAACAUAUUUUUCCUUUCAUACUUUUUCUCCAAGAUCAAAGAUGUCUUGUGUUCUUUAAGAAAAAUUCAUGGUGUCCAAAAUAUUCCCAUCAUCAUUGCCUUUAAACCAGUCAAGGUUUCACUUGAGUGGUUGAUGGGGACUUCAAAGAAACUGUUGAAAAUAGCAAUUCAUUUAAAAAAUAAAGUUCAGCAUAAAUACUAAUCACAUCUAGAGUGAAGCAUGUAAGAGAUAUUGCAGCAUGCCAGCAAAAGCUGGAACUACUGAGCCCGGAACCAGAAAUCUGAGGUCAGGACUUAGGACUCUGUUGAGCUUUCUCUGAAGAAUAAAUGUAAGUGGGGUUUACCCUUUCUGGGUCACAGUUUCCACAUCUGUAACUGGAGGCAGUUGGCCUAGAAUACCUGUGGCACUCAUCCAGAGGGAGAGAGAGCGCUUGGUUCAUUUCUCAAGAUGACAAGAAGCAGCUGAGUGGCAUGUGCCUGGAAUCCCAGCUAUUUUGGGAGGCUUGUGUGAGCUAGAGUUAGUUAGGCCAUCUUGUGGAACUUAAUUGAGACCCCGUCUCAAAGAUUGGUGAUGGUAGGGAUACAGUCACUGUAGUGGCAGAGUGUCUGCCUAGAAUAUGCAAGACCCUAGAGUCUGUCUCCAGCUCUAGACAGACAGACGCAGACAGACACACAUGCAUACAAGCACACACGCACGCCUUGUACCACCAACCACGCGUGCUAGUCGGGAAGGCUAUGGACUAGCCAUCUAAAUGUUUGCUGCACCUUUUCCAUGUUGAUACCAUAGCCUUCAAGUUACCUACUGAAGCAUGUUUUUACAUUUUUGAUAUCUUGUGAAUUCUCUUUCUCAGGUAACUUUAUUCUCAAUAUCUUCAAAAUUUUAGCAAUUCUGUGUUCUGAGGCUUUUUUAAAUGAGUGGUUCCUUCUCUGUAAAAAUUACUUAUAAAAGGCAGGUAUGGUGGCACAUAGCCUAAUGCUGACAUUUGGGAAAUGUAGACAGGUAUAAGAGUUAAGAGGUCAAGGGCAUUCUCUGGCUGGAGAGAUGGCUCAGUGGUUAAGAGCACUGACUGCUCUUCUAGAGGUCCUGAGUUCAAGUCCCAGCAACUACAUGGUGGCUCACAAACAUCUAUAAUGGGAUCCUAUGCCCUCUUCUGGUGAUCCUAUGCCCUCUUCUGGUGUGUCUGGAUAUAUAAAUAUAAUAAAUCUUUAAAAAAAAAAAAGCGGUCAAGGGCAUUCUCAAACACCAGUCAGUUCUAUCAGAGCCAGCCCUGCUGCCACCCUCUACCCCACCCCUCACUCCCCAAGCCAAUUUAUCUAGAAAGUAAGUACCUGUAUAUAAUUUUUUUUUGGCUACAUAGUAGGAUUGUAGUCUUAUGGGAGAAAAGUUUUUGCGAUUGACACAAUAAAAUUUCCCUUAAGAUUGCAAAUAUUUUAAGAGAUUUUACUUGUAACUAGGUGGUUUUCUAUCUUAUAUUGUGACAUUCUAGUCAAUUAUGGGCCAUAAAAACUGGAGAGAUAUAGGACAUUUUUAUAAGGGUCCAUCAUCCAUCCAAAACAUAUCCUUAAAUUACAGACUAAAUAAAUGACAGAUGUCAAGUGUGAAUGUAUUAGCUUUCUUUAAAUGUAUAUAGUGACUUGGGAUUAAUGAAGAUUUAUUUUAAAACAUUUCUAUGUUUAUAAAACUCUUAAAACUUACAAGAUGUUUACAAUCUAAGGUUCUAAGGGUCUUCUAAAAUCUUCUCAAGGUUCACAUUUGGAAAGCUCAAGAAACUUCCUUUUCUAAAAACACAGCAGGAAAUCAGAGAAAUGGUGAAGGGUCCCCUGGCUUCAUAUCUUUGUCUCCAAGUGUGCAUCCAUGUGUUGUUCUGCUGGAAGCAGCGUUUAGAGAGCUUAAGCAACCUUUGCUUUUUCUCAGGAUGUAGCCUGCUGUAAGAGUUAAGAUACAACAAAAAUCAUGGGAAAAAGCUUGAGUCCUAUAUUGGUUCCUUUUUUUGUUUCUGUGAUAAAACACAAGGCUUGACUAAGGCAACUUGUAGAGGACCUUACGGUUCAUUUGGGCCUGACAGUUCCAGAGAGAUAAGAAUCCAUCACUGUCAUAGUGGGGAUCAGCUCACAUCCCAAGCCAUGCAGAGGAAGCCUGGAGAAUGUCCUGGGGAUGGAAAGAGGCUUUUGAAACCUUAAGACGGCCCCCAGUGUCACCUUCUCUAACAAGGUCACAUCUCUGGAUCCUUCCCAAGCAACCACCAACAAAGUUUUCAAAUGUCCAAGACUUUGUGUGUUUGGGGAGUCAUCCCAUCGAACCACAGCAAGUCCUUUCAUCCUACUUAAAAAUGCUGUUAGAGGGCUGGAGAGAUGGCUCAGUGGUUAAGAGCAUCCGACUGCUCUUCCAGAGGUCAUGAGCUCAAUUCCCAGCAACCACAUGGUGGCUCACAACCAUCUGUAAAGAGAUCCGAUUCUCUCUUCUGGUGUAUCUGAAGACAGCUACAGUGUACUUAUAUAUAAUAAAUGAAUAAAAAAAAUGCUGUUAGAGAGAAAUGAUUGUAGCUUUCUUUCUGAUAGGGUGGUUAGUUUUGCUUACUAAGUUGGCAGAGUCAGUAGUUGCUCAAAACUUUGCCAAACAACAAAUAUGUCAUCGUCUAAGUAAAGAGGAAAAUAACGUUUGCUAGUGCUUAUGUCAAAGGAGGUAUUGAGCAGCACCUGACUGUGGCUGGCCGAGUGAGGGCUGUGGCCUGUGACGGCUUGCCUUGAUCUUUGGCUUACCAUUACAGUCUCCUAGCAAACUGAGCAGAUGUGUUAUAUGGAAGUUACGUACACAGCAUUCUUUAGGCACUUUGCUUUUGUUUCUGUUUUAAUGUUGGUGUGGGCUCUGGGUUCCAUACAGAUGGUUUCAUAGGUGCCUGAAAUACAUGUGGUCAUAUUCCCUGGUCCCUCUUCCCCUUUCCAUUCCGUUAGCCUCUAUCAUUCCCUUAGACAGAUUUUACUUUUAUGUCAUAUAUACCUACAUAAGUUUAUGUAUGACAUCACUGUUUAAGCCGGUCUCAGAAGGACAUGCAUUUAUUUAAUUUAUUUAUUUAUUGCUUGCUUUUAUUUAGAGAAAAUUUCCUGUGGUCCAGUCUGGCUUUGAAUUUCUGAUCUCUUGCCUCUGCCUUCCAAGUGCUGGGGUUCCUAGUGUAUGCCACUGUGAUUGUUUGCUCCUUCUGGGUGUGUGUGCCCACUCCAGAGAGAGUGCUGAGUCAAGGAAGAGAAGCUGCCUGUGGUGCUGUGGGGCACCGGUUUAUAAAGUCUCUUGGAGCCAGCCUGGAGCCAGGGCUGAGUGACUGAGGUAUUCAGAGUUCCUUUGUCUCACUAUUUCAAUGGAAAAGGAAGACGUUCAUAUUUAUGUGUCUCUAUAAAAUGCCUUGAAAUGGUGUCAGAUGGGCAUUGUAUGUUGUGAUGAUAGCAGCCGAAUAAAGGUCAAAGUGUCAUGGAAAACCAGCAAAACAAGCAGGAGGGAGAGUGAUUAGUUUAUUGUUAGCAGCUUAGAAUGUUCCACUUAGAAGCAGUUAAACUGGCUAGAGUUGGGGCAAGGGAGGGGGUGCUGGGCAGUUUAAAAGGCCGCAGCUAUUAUGACGUUCCAACCUCAGAGCAGCCUGAACUGUUCCUAAAGAAACUUCAGCAGUGCUGUGUCAUUUUUGACUUCAUGGACACGCUAUCUGAUCUUAAAAUGAAAGAAUACAAGCGCUCCACUCUUAAUGAACUGGUGGACUACAUUACAAUAAGCAGAGGCUGUCUGACAGAGCAGACUUACCCUGAAGUAGUUAGAAUGGUGUCUUGCAAUAUAUUCAGAACUCUCCCUCCUAGUGACAGCAAUGAAUUCGACCCAGAAGAAGAUGAACCUACCCUCGAGGCAUCAUGGCCCCACCUACAGCUUGUAUAUGAAUUUUUCAUACGAUUUUUGGAAAGCCAAGAAUUCCAACCCAGCAUUGCCAAAAAAUACAUAGAUCAGAAAUUUGUAUUACAGCUUUUGGAGCUAUUCGACAGUGAAGACCCUCGAGAACGGGACUAUUUAAAAACAGUCUUGCACAGGAUUUAUGGCAAGUUUCUCGGGCUUAGAGCAUUUAUCCGAAAACAAAUUAACAAUAUUUUUCUAAGGUUUGUUUAUGAAACAGAGCACUUCAAUGGUGUGGCUGAACUGCUGGAAAUACUAGGGAGUAUUAUCAAUGGCUUCGCUUUACCACUUAAGGCAGAACACAAACAGUUCCUGGUGAAAGUGUUGAUCCCUUUGCACACUGUCCGGAGUUUAUCACUCUUCCAUGCCCAGCUGGCGUAUUGUAUAGUACAGUUUCUGGAGAAAGACCCUUCCCUUACAGAACCAGUUAUUAGGGGGUUAAUGAAAUUUUGGCCUAAAACAUGCAGUCAAAAAGAGGUCAUGUUCCUUGGGGAGCUGGAAGAAAUCUUGGAUGUGAUUGAACCAUCACAAUUUGUUAAAAUCCAAGAACCUUUGUUUAAACAAAUUGCCAAGUGUGUUUCUAGCCCCCAUUUUCAGGUGGCAGAAAGGGCACUCUAUUAUUGGAAUAAUGAGUACAUCAUGAGUUUGAUAGAAGAAAACUCGAACGUCAUCCUUCCCAUCAUGUUCUCCAGCCUUUAUAGGAUUUCAAAGGAGCAUUGGAAUCCGGCUAUUGUGGCGCUGGUGUACAACGUGUUGAAAGCAUUUAUGGAAAUGAACAGCACUAUGUUUGAUGAGCUGACAGCCACAUACAAGUCAGAUCGUCAGCGUGAGAAAAAGAAAGAAAAGGAGCGUGAAGAACUGUGGAAAAAAUUGGAGGAUCUGGAGUUAAAAAGAGGUCUUAGACGCGAUGGGAUAAUUCCGACUUAACAGCAGCCUGACAGCGACACACUAACCGUGGGUCACACGCUUAUGUAGUAGAAGGAUGGAGCAACCGUUUUCUGUAUCGUGCAGCUUUCCAGUAGAUUUCACAUUGUCUCAUUAUUACAGCAGCACUGUAUAUACCUGUCUCUAAGUAAGGACUUCAGAGUGUGGACAGUAGAUGGACUCUCAGAACUUUGCAAACAUAAUCAUUGUUCUAACCCUCUUUAAAAACAAACAAACAAACAAAAGGUCACAGGAUCUGUGGGGGAAAUUGCUAUGUUAAAAUCCCAUUAUCAGGAGUUCCUUAUUUAUCACUAGCAGAGAGUAUGAUACAAUUUUCAAAUGUGAACAAUCUUAAAUUUAGCUUGUCUUUCUGCUAAGCUGUUAAAUGUAUUUAUAGUAAAGGAAGAAAAGAUUGUCAUUUCUUUAUAAGUUUGUAUAGCGCCCUCCUCUGGACAUGACUGUAAUGUGACAUCCUUUCCUUUUGCACAUCUUCAUGAGUCGAAUGUCCACGUGGAAUGGGGCUGUGAAUCACAGAGGUCCCUGAUGAAAGGUUGUCUGUGGGGUGAACAUCUUCCCAGCGACUGGGUGUUCCUGGUCCUCCUUUAGUUUUCAGAUUAGGAGUAAAAAGAAGAGGUGAUAAGCAUGGUAGCAAAGGGAAGCCGGGCUUCGUUCCUAUCAGAUGUGCUGAGUCCAAAUCAGUGUCUUGAAUCCUUUGAAAACAGGCAGUGGAGCGCAGCAGCCCCGCCCGCACCUGCGGCAUCGGCUGCAGACGUCGGUGUGCAUCCAGACCAGAGACAAUUUAGAAACGUCCGAGAACAUCCUUUUGGCUCCUAUGAAGUAAGACAGACAGAACACUAAGCGAUAGAACCGUGAAGCUGAGCACCAGGACUGCGGUCUGGCUGGGACCCGAGAGGAGUGAACAGCAUGAAGUGUUUGGAGUUGAUGCCUUACUUUCUAAUGUGUACUUACAGAGGGUUUCAGCACAAGCGGGUGCAGCCUCUGGGAGAAGCAGAACAUGCUCCAGCGGUUGUUGUCGAUUCUUGUUCUAUAGCUCAUCGCAGCGCCAGCCCUGUUUUUAGCCAGAAAGGAUUCAGGAUCAACAUUAUGCGUUCUGAAUUGGAUGCAUAUUCCUAACUACUGUAUUUGUUACCAAAAGUGGUUCUACAAAUGCUACUGAAAAAAAUCUGGAAAUUCCUAAUGUCCUGAGUAUUAAUAAUAAAGUUUAAAAAAAUGCUUUUAUAUCAAA